UAACGCUCUCGAGCAUUGCACGUACCCGCAUCCGCAACGAAUUAUUGAACUAAAAGUGACGCGUUAACGAAUUCGAAACGUUCUCUUCGGCGUGUUAUCUAAAUAAAAAAAAUUCGUGAAAAUGAAAGUGUUCGCUAUCUUAGCCACCACUUCCUUGCUCUUCGUGAGCUGCGCUUGGGCCGCGCCAAGUGUACAAGAUAAUCGCGUCGAAGGUGAAAAUGGCAGCUCAUUGGCGCUUGCCGCCCGCUACCUUGGCAGCUGCUUCGAAGCUGAGGAUAUGACCACUUGUUUUGCCGUCAAGGGUAUUACGGCUUUGAACCGAGCAGCUAGAAGCAAUAAUAUCGAACUCGUCAAUGGUAUUUCGUUCAAAAGAGAUUCCGCUUCCGCUGUGGCACGCAGCAGUAAAGCUUUGAGCGAAAACGAAAUAUAUGCGCAAUUACCGGAAAAUGCUGAAGAACGCAACGGACGCUUGGUCGACAUUGCUAUGCAAAACGCUGCUGAUUUCUUGGGCUCCCACAGUUUGGAAGUGAAAAUUCCUGCUGAAGCUACACAAGAUAUGGCACGCGCACUCGAUGAAGGCCGUGGUAAAUUGAAGAAGAUGUUGGGUCCGAUUGCCAUCGCUGUUGGUGCCAAACUCUUUGCUGUCAUACCCAUUGUGCUCGGUGCUUUGGCUCUGCUUACCACCAAAGCUGUGAUUGUUGCCAAAAUCGCUUUGUUGUUGGCUCUGAUUGUCAGUGGUUCACGCUUCUUCGGUGGACUGGGCAAUAAGUUCGGUGGUGCUCUUGGUAGUGGCUAUAAUGCGGCUGGUUGGUCAGGUGGCAACUCUGCUGGUUGGUCUUCGGGCGCUGCCUCAUCUUAUCCAUAUGCCCGCAGCUUGGAUGCCCAACAGUUGGCUUACAGUGAACAAGCGCCCGCAGUCAACGAUGAAGAAGCUGAAGAGCUACCGCUCUAAAUAUUGAGCUCAACGGGUGUUCACCAUUACAGUGGAAAUGCCAAAAAUGUGCCUUCAUUAAAGUUUCCAUUAUGCUAAUUGUUUUAAUGUAUACUUGGUAGUUCGUAGUAAUUUAUUAAAAAAAAAAAAAUUUUAUUUAAAUAUCUUACUUAAACGACUUGAAAACUGUUUACUAAUGUGUACAAGUACAAAUAGAAAAACGAAAUACGAAAAUAGUUUAAAAACUCAAUUCAUCGCUUUUGAAUAAGUAUUCUUCUAAUAACAAAACUAUAUCUUUUAAUAUUUGUUAGUAUUCAGUUGUUCAAAAUGUACAAAGAUUAGCGAAUAAAGUUUGAACUUAUAUA